GAUUCGCUCAACAUAGAAGAAGUAAGGGGGGGGGGGAAUAACAGAACAUAGAAUUUGAAGCUUAGAAAUAAUAUACAUGCUAACCCCGGGUCUGGGGGCUAACUGCUAGGCACCUAGCGCUUUAGCGGUUAUGGUCACAAAUGCCACUUUCAACCAUAAAAGUCAUCUUUUACCCCAGUAAAUCCACUUCCAAAAACCAUUGCAAAAGGACGAAGCAGUUAAAUAGCCGAGCGACCAGUUGCUACUUGCUAUUUCGUGCUUUGAACGAUGCAUGUUCACAUUUGGCUUGCCUAUAUUAUCAAAGAGCUUGGAAGAAAUGUAACGUGAAUCUUCACGGUGGACGACGUGGUUUAAUCAGGUUACCUUGACAAAAAAAAAAAGUAUCAAAGUAGGAAAUGAGAGAGGAACAAAAACCUGAAGACACCAGCAAACAAAUCGUUCUAAAAAGUGCACAUGGAUUGAUUGCCACCAAGCUGAAGAGAAUGUAAUUGGUCUGAAUGUCACGAUACGUAGCUGGCAUGGAUGAAUAAAUAUACACAAUUGCUUGUCAAAUAAUUUUGGUACUGAUUAAGUGCAUUCGGAAGAUCUCCCGCAGCACAAUUUGAUAAUCGCGACUCCAGGCGUCCACAAACGAUGUCUGGGAUUGCAUUGAGCCGGCUUGCCCAAGAGCGCAAAGCAUGGCGGAAGGAUCAUCCUUUUGGAUUUGUUGCGGUACCGACAAAAAAUCCUGAUGGAACCAUGAACCUCAUGAACUGGGAGUGCGCGAUCCCUGGCAAAAAGGGGACUCCGUGGGAAGGAGGCCUUUUCAAACUGCGCAUGUUGUUCAAGGAUGACUAUCCUUCAUCACCUCCAAAAUGUAAAUUUGAGCCUCCUCUCUUUCAUCCAAAUGUGUAUCCAUCAGGCACAGUAUGCCUUUCUAUCCUAGAGGAGGACAAGGACUGGAGACCGGCCAUUACAAUAAAGCAGAUCCUAUUAGGUAUUCAGGAACUUCUAAAUGAGCCCAAUAUCCAGGAUCCCGCUCAAGCAGAGGCUUACACAAUCUACUGCCAAAACAGAGUAGAUUACGAAAAAAGAGUCCGAUCACAAGCCAAAAAGUUCUCCCCCUCGUAAGGGCAAGGACGCACGCGUGCGUCGCCGUGGCAGAAGGAAUCACCUCCUCCUCCCCCCGCCCCCGCUCAGUCACAAUGAAUGUGCUCCCCUCACAUCGGGACUUGCUUAAAGACUCCUAUUUAAACUCAACACAUUCUGUGCCAUCCACACCAACCCACCCACCCCCAUUUUUUUUUUUUUUUUUUUUUUUUUUUUUGUUUUUUUUUUUUUUUUGCUUUGUUCGUUUUGCUCUUAAUUGCCGGUCGGCGUAUAACAGAGGGAAUCGGUGCUUCAGCACCCCGGUUGUUUUUUUAAUUUUUUUUUUUUUUUUUUUUUUUUUUUUUUGGGUCUUAUGCGGCGCGAAGGACGCGGCUCCAGUCCAGUUUCAUCCAGUAUGUUUAAGUUGGCCAUCAUCUAUGUCCAAGGAAGGUGUUUUUUCUUUUUUUUUUGGGGGGGGGUGGUUCCCUCUUCCUUUUCCAUACGUUUAAUGUAAAUGUCUGCUUAUUUCAUUGUCAGUAUUUCAACUGCUGUAUAAUGAAUGGCACUUUUAUACUGUUGUAUUUCACCUAGCGUCUCUAGAUGGUUCUGUCUAAUUCUUUCCAGGAUUUUAUUUUAUUUUUUUUCCAUUGAGCAUGCUGUAACAUAUGAUAGAAUCCGCUGCCUUGGCUGUCUUUUUUUUUUUUUUUUUUUUUUUUUUUUUUUUUUUUUUUUUUUUUUUUUUUUUGUUAUUCCGAGUGUUUGCUUUUUUGGAUGACUAAAAAUGGCUGCGAUGACCGAGGCAGGUAGGCAUACUAUUGUCAGACUAAGGUUAUACGGUGCUUUGUUCAUGUAAGUGUUGGCGUAAAUAAAACUUUCUACAAAAGGUUCUCUGGCUUCAUUGUACGGGGGAUUGUUUGCGCCAUAAAAUUUGAAUCGAUUUUAUGUUGA